AUGAAUCGCUCCCUUCUUCGCGCUGCUGCGCGCUCACUUCAGGCUGGUCUCCCCUCCGCGACAGGCCGACGGUAUGCAUCGUCGGCCGUGUUCAACUGGGAAGACCCUCUGGCCGCGACGGAGCUCUUGACGGAAGAGGAAUUGGCGAUCCAGGAUACGGCACGGCAAUACUGCCAGGAUCGAUUGAUGCCCCGGGUUCUCGAGGCCUACCGCAACGAAGACUAUGACCGACGGAUCCUCGAGGAAAUGGGCGAGCUGGGUCUGCUCGGCGCCUCGAUCGAGGGGUACGAAUGCGCCGGCACGAGCACGGUGGCAUCGGGCCUGAUCACCAAGGAGGUGGAGCGCGUGGACUCCGGGUAUCGGUCAGGCAUGUCGGUGCAGAGCUCGUUGGCGAUGACGGGGAUCUACGAGUUCGGCACCAAGGAGCAGAAGCAGCGAUUUCUGCCGGGGCUGGCCAAGGGCCGGUUGGCCGGGUGUUUUGGACUGACGGAACCCAAUCACGGGUCGGAUCCGGGGUCCAUGGAGACGGUGGCGCGCGAGCAUCCCACGCAGAAGGGCAUGUAUCUGCUUAGUGGGAGCAAGACCUGGAUUACAAACUCGCCCAUCGCGGACCUGGCCCUCGUGUGGGCAAAGCUUGAGUCGACGGGCAAGAUCCGUGGGUUUGUCGUCGAGCGUUCGCGCUGCCCGCCGGGCACGUUCGAGACCCCGGCUAUUAAGAACAAGAGCGCUCUGCGCGCUUCCAUCACGGGCAUGAUCCAGAUGGAUGACUGCCCCGUGCCCGCGGAGAAUAUGUUCCCAGACGUGGAGGGCCUCAAGGGCCCUUUUACGUGUCUGAACAGCGCUCGUCUGGGCAUUGCCUUUGGUAGCAUGGGCGCGCUGGAGGAUUGUCUGGCACGUGCCCGUGAAUACAGUCUGGAGCGCAAGCAGUUCAAGGGCAACCCGCUCGCCAAGUAUCAGCUCAUUCAGAAAAAAUUGACUGAUGCUGCCACCGACGCUGCCUACGGGAACCUCGCUGCUGUGCAGGUGGCUCGCCUCAAGGAUGCUGGCAAGGCCACCCCCGAGAUGAUCUCGAUGGUCAAGCGACAGAACUGUGACCGAGCACUGGCAAACUCACGCAUUUUGCAAGAAGUCUUUGGCGGCAAUGCGGCCAGCGACGAGUAUCAUAUUGGGCGCCAUGUAGCCAACCUGUUUGUGGUGCAGACCUACGAGGGCCAGAGCGAUAUCCAUGCAUUGAUCCUGGGCCGGGCCAUCACAGGAAAGCAGGCGUUUGUGUAG